AUGUCAUCGAAGCAUAGCUGCAGAAAAUGUUGGUCACGCCAUCAUACACUACUGCACGAUGAACAAUCGUCGUCUACGUCUUCAUCCCAAGUGCCGAAUCAAUCAAAUCAAGUACCUGCAGUUACCACUCAAUGCUUGCGCAUACCAACACCCAAUCAAGUACCUCACACGUUUCUUCCAACGGUAGUUGCCACUGUCGAAGAUAAAUGGGGAAAUAAGAUGAGCUGUAGAAUACUACUUGACUCUGGAUCAACCAUACCAUUUGCUUCAGAAGCUUUUGUGCAACGCCUUGGUCUGUCACGAACAAAUGGUCGCGUAUCGGUUUCGUGUAGUGCCAGAGUUACUAGCGGUCGAAAACUUGAUGUCAACGCGUUUAUUUUAAAUAAGUUAACUUCGCAUAUUCCUGCACAGACUGUUAAUAUUUCUGCAGCAUUAUGGCAAUCGAUUAUAAAGCUACCACUCGCGGACCUAAGUUUCGCCGAAUCUGCACAAAUUGAUGUUUUGAUUGGCUCCGAUCAGGUGUGGAAUAUUUAUACUGGCGAUAAAAGACAGUUCGGACCAAACUUGCCAAUUUGGCUGAAUACCAUCUUUGGGUGGGUUGUUGCUGGAACACAUUUCUCCAAAAUCGAAGCUGAUCUAACUGCAGAAAGUCAUCAUGCUACCGUCAACAUUGAUGAUUUGUUCAGAUCCUUUAUGGAGGUCGAGGAUGUCAAACCUACACCACAGGAGAUCGAUAUGGCCGACCCGGGGGAGGCUCAUUUCGUAAGUACCCACACUCGUCACAUUAACGGCACGUACAUCGUCAAUUAUCCAUUUAUGGAAAAUGCACCGGUGAUUCCAUCUAAUUUUUCGCAAGCGGUGACGCGGUUUCUACAUAUGGAGCGCCGGCUUAAACGAGACCCAGCGCUGAAAACGCUAUACAUUAAUUUUAUGCAGGAGUAUCUUUCGCUUGGCCACAUGGCCCGUCUUGGACCUUCGGAAGUUGAAUGUCACCCGUCAGAAUGUUUUUAUCUGGCUCAUCAAGCGGUACUCAAACCAGAUAGUUCAACUUCAAAUUGCCGAGUCGUGUUUGAUGGAUCCUGUAAGGACUCCAGUGGCUACUCACUUAAUGAACGAUUGUAUAUUGGCCCACCAAUUCAGCGUGAUCUUUUUGGUGCAUGUGUUCGUUUUCGUCAGCAUCGUUACGAAUUUUCUGCUGGCAUAGAGAAAAUAUAUCGUGGCAUUAUAGUUUGA